UUCCGGUGUCGUCCAUGUUAUUUUAGUGUACCUUGACUCUGGAGAUAGAAGGUAUCCAUGAUGACAACAUUAAAAUACCAACAGUAGUCACGGCCUUGGAAUUACCUGCUAAUGUUAUUUUAGCAGAAAUGUUUAUCAGUCGUCCUUGCGUCGAAUGUCGUCUGUGUUUGGAAAUAGCUUAGCGGGAUAACGCUAGCUACGUAGCUAGCAUGAACCGGGACUGUUGCUGCUUUUGUUUACAUCCAGUCCUAAUGAUGAUGGGCCUGGAUAGGUGUGUUAGCUAACCCCGCUACCAGAGAUGUUUCAGGGAAAUAGUGACGUCCUAAAGGCCGGCGACAUCCAUCAAAACCGCUGCCACCUGAUGAGUAAGAACACCUGCAGUUUUAACUUUUAAGGACACUUGAUGGAAGUGUCUCCUAAGGAUUCGUCUCUGAUGGCUAUGGACCUGUCAAAGAGCUACAACCCCCUGACCUGCAGCCACACUGAAGCCAUGGAUCUGGCAAAGAAACCUGAAUGGUACCACCGACGUCCACCUAGCUGCAGCACAGACUUCACCUCUUCGUACAGACCCAGAGCCUCGUCUUCAUACAACUCUCUUUCCACACAGCCAGGAGCACCUGUCCACUGCAGAGACAUGGAGCAGGGCACUGAUGCUUUAGGUAACUAUAUGAAUUCAACACUCGCUCCAGGGCUGGAUCUGUACCAUGAUGGAGUUCACAGCAACCUGUGGCAUCGGGGUUUCUAUGUGCCUGACCAAAGCAGUGGCCCAGUUCCUGAAAGCAGUGGCGGAGAAGAAAGCGACAGUGGCUCCGAUGUUAUUUUCCUCGUUUCUUCAGCGAAAGAGCCACUCUUAUGCAGUUCCUUCAUCCAAGACAGUGUUAGGCACAUUGUGGAGCCUUUGUCUCCGACUGUGUCCUCACUGGAUGAAGGGAGAGGUUGCUGUCACCUACCUCAACCUCUGAGCUCACCUAGUCCUGACAGUUCAUAUUCAGAAGACUCCUCAGACAGCUCAGUGGACAUUCCUGUUCAUCACGCCAGGCCUGUAGUCCUCCUGUCAGACCUUAGGGCUGUUUAUGGCAGCCCUGCUGAAUCCCCCGUGGAUAUUUCCAGUGAUGACAGCGACAUUGUUGAAGUUUCAGUCACUAAUGAAAAGAAGAAAAGCCACAGUUUUCCUCACAAGAAGAAUGUUCCUAAGAAGCAUCAGGUGAGGAAACCCCCUCACAGUGAGAGUGGAAAACCUCCACCCAGAGAAGUCCGACGUAGUACCAGAAUCAGAAAAUCAGUCGCUGAAAUGCCUCAGUUCACCUCCAGUGUGUCUCGGCACAGUUUGAGGAGACGGGUCAAAAACGAUGCGGUGGGUAUCUACAAUGAAAGUUGUGAUUCUGAUGAUAUUAUGGAGUAUGUGAUGAGGUUGUCCAGCUCAGAGACAGAGGAGACCCUCCUGCAGCCACAGAAAGUGAGCAGUAAUUCAGAAGAGUCGGAUAUAGAUGUUCGGACAGAGGGGAAAUCGCCGCAUGGAGAGAAGCAGCCCUGCCACAAAGCUUCAUACGCAAAAAGCAUUAAUCAUAAGCGAAAGAAGCCACUUACCAUUUGUAAAACCAAAAAGUUGAGAAGAACUGAACAGAAACAAAAGAACAGCAUAGCACAUCAAAGGGCCUCGCCGUGCAGGAAUGUGUCAGCAAACAGAAAAACUAUCACAAGACGAAGGAAGAAAAGGCGAACUCAGACUGGACCUUCUGCUCUGUUUUCUCCCAGAGAGCCGGAAAUCAAGCUUAAAUAUGCAAACAUUAAAGUGGAGAAAAAGGACAAGAAAUCAGACAGCUUCUGUCCCUUUGUUCACAUGGAGCAGAGGAUGUGCACCAUUGUCAACUGUCAGGAGGAGGAGGUGACAGUAUGGAGCAGCAGAGGACAGCAGCAGUCAGCUGUCACCUCUCUGUCUGGAUUUGUUCCCAAUACAUCCUGCUUCCAACUAGGACGACUCAGCUCAGAGAGAAUGCCUCAGACCACAUUGUUGUGCUGCCUGUGCAGUCAGACAGCCAACGCCAUGGGCCUCGGGGACCUUCACGGCCCGUACUAUCCUACCAACCUGUCUGUGGACUGGCAGAACUGCAGGGCUGAGCAGAAGGAAGAAGAGAACGAAAAUAUACUCGCUAAUAGUCAUUCAGUAAAUUCCUCAGAUGGUUGUUGUGAUAGUAAUGAACAUGCAGCUGUCAAAAGUUUGUGUGAGAGCAACAACUACUCCCUCCCCAAGGUGCCUCUUCAUCUGGAUGAGUGCUGGAUCCACGAGGACUGCGGUAUCUGGUCUGCCGGUGUAUUUCUAGUCAGAGGGAAGCUGUAUGGGUUAGAGGAGGCCGCCCGGCUUGCACAACAAACAGUGUGCGCAGCAUGCUACCAGACAGGUGCAAUACUGGGUUGCUUCCAGAAGGGCUGUCCCAGAAAUUAUCACUACAGAUGUGCCAUUCAGUCAGGCUGUGUCCUCAAUGAAGAGAACUUUUCAAUGAGAUGUCCGGAGCACAAGAACAAGUCGUUCACAAGUGUAACCAGACAACACAAGAGAUGACGUGAAAGACAUGAAGAGGCACUGGAGAAUGGUCCACAGAUCUCCUCAGGGUGCGACGUGAGCUGCCUGACUUCACUUCUGCUGUCUUAUAACACUAAUUAAUGUGUGUGCUUGAGCAGAAGGCAAACCUUCUGGUAAGAUUUCACUUGCUAUGACAUGGCUCAAACCAGGGGUCACUUUAGGAUUUUUAUAAGAUGAGUCUUUUGUUUCCGUUUAUUUCCUUCCUUUCAUAGGUCUUAACACAGGCAGUUGCACCAAUUGGACUGAGCCAAGGUGUUUGUAUGUGUGUAGGUGUGUGUGUGUGUGUGCGCGCGCGUGUGUGUAAGUGUAUUUAUUGUUUUUCUUGGAGAGCCACACUUGGGCUUACCACAUCAUAAAUACAGUUUAUUAUUUGAGCAUAAUGAUUAAUUACAAUUAAAGGAGUUUAAUUAAUUUGUGGUAUAGAACAUAAUAUCUUUAUAUACUGUGAGGCCACUUUUUUCCUUUUACAGUUUUUAUACUACUUUUCUAUUACAGUUAAUGCUUCAGUCAUCACAUAACUGACAUUAUUUAUUCUCAUAAGAUGCAUGCACAGUUGAUGUUUUCUACAGUGAGUUUAUAGGAUCAUUUUUAAUUGCUGUUUGUCUAUUUCUAGACUUGUUUCUUCUCUUUGUACUAAAAUUAUUUAAACUUAAAGCUGCACUAAGCAAAAUUUAUAUAUAAUUUAUUGACUUUUUCUCUAACUCACAAAGUAGGUCUGCAAAAGAGAAUAUCCCAUUCACAGAAAUUGAGAACACAAACUGUACAUUUACUGUAUUUAACAUAAUGUAUUCCUAUUAAUCUUAUUUUUAUUUCUAUUUCUGGAUUAGAUGGCUCGCUCAUGUGGAAACAGAGAUUUGGUAAACAGAAUGAAAUACCUCAUUAACAGCAGUGAGAGUUGAAAAAGACCCAUGUUUCCGAAUUAUGUUUUGUGGCUGAACUGGUAAAUUCAGUCCAGCCAAAUCACAAAAAAAUCACCCCAAGUACUCUAACUCAGAUAGUUUGGGUUUUUAGAGCCGCAGUUGAUCCACAGAAAAUUAUUUGGAUGUGCAUUUAUAUCAAAGAUAAAAGAUUUUUAUUGUCAGUUCACUAUAUGUGCAGGACAUACAGAAAAUCAAAAUACCGUUUCUCUCUCACCAAGUAUUGAAUGCCGUACAAUUUAAGAAACUAUAAUGGAAUAAAAAUGGGGUAGAAUAAAAAUGGAAUAAAAUAGAAUAAGAAAACUAAAUUAAUUAGGAUAAAUCUAAAUGUUAACUAAAUCAGUGACAGUAGUGCAAAUAAUAACCAGAAGGUUGUCAGAUAGUUAGCAUCAGCAGUUUUUAAGUAGUUUUUUUUUUCUUGCCCAACAAAAAUACUGACUCCAGUUUCUCAAAUGUGAGAACUGGGAGACAAACAAAUCUGAAUGUCACUUUGGGGUCUGAGAAAAUGUGAUGGACAUUUUUGAUAUUGAGUAUUUGAGAAAAUAAUAAACUUAAUCAGGGAUAAAAAAUAAUCUUUACUGUAGCCUUAAUGAUUUAAUUUGCGGAGGUUGUGCCAAAUUUGCUAUUAGAAAUUCCUGUUCGCUUUGUACCACGGGUGUACAGACAAGCUGUCACUGGGUUACUUUGAUACUGAAGAAUCAAACUCAAGUUCUGCAGUUAUGGGGAGCAUCUUUUUCCCAUGAUUUGUAACCAAAUUUAUGGACUAUAAUUUGUGAUAGUAUCUUUGGAAAGUGUGCACCUCAAAUCAGUUUUGACUCCUAAAAUGAGUACAAACUACAGCAAUCGGCAGCAAUUAAAAUUUCCAUUUUCAUUUUUUGAAAAGUGUCAGUAUAACAGUGGAUAAUGCUUACAAAUACAACUAAGAAGAAAUAAAUAGGUUAAUAAAACUGGUAUAAAUUGGUAAAUAUUUUUGUGUUUUGGGUGAAUUCUCCCUUUAAUGUAUUUGUCGUCUCAUGGUUCCAUGUGGAACUGAAGUUGCCUAGUGCAGCUUUAACCAUCCAUCUUUGUAUAAUCCCUUGUGUUUCAGUUCUCACAAAUCGUUACUGGACUGACAGAUGACAGACGCACACUGUUUAGAAAGAGAGGGUUUUAACUAAAUUGUCAGUUUGAUCCCAUGCCUGCACUUUCUAUUAUUUGAGGAAUAAAAAGAUAAUUAUUAAUGUUAUUUAAUAAAAGUCACUAAAACUGAAGCCCUGUCUUUCUCUUGACAUAGAAAAGUAGAUUUAGAAAUGGUAACAUUUCCAGUGAAUCUUUCACAGUGUUGUUUUGCAAAGCUUAGAAAGCUCAGUAGAUGUUGUUUUGCAAAAUCUUUACUGCUCCUACACAGGAACAGCAUGUUUUUGCUGCAAGGAAGAUACCGUGUCCGGGUUUUGGCACAUCACCAACCAUCUGAAGGGAUUUCUUCUCAAAGUGUUUACAUUCUCUUCCCAAACAAGUGAAAAUAUGUGCCAGGUUUGGGUGAAAACAAUAUUUUCAGUGCAGCUAGGCUCUAAAAAUGGGCAGAAU